AUGAAGACCAUCACCAUCGUCGGCACAACAGGCAACCAAGGCCUCUCUGUCGCAGAAACCUUCCUCUCCCUGCCCGAUUGGCACACCUCUGACCUCUCUGACGUCUCCUCCCUACGGCCCGCCUUCGCCAAUGCAAAUGUUAUCUUUGCCAACACGGAUUUCUGGGGCUCCUAUCGUGCCUCCGGAAGCAGCGAUGAAGCCUACGCAGUAGAGGUGCAACACGGUCGGAACGCCGCGAUCGCCGCCACAGGUAUUCCGACACUCGAACGCUUCAUCUACUCCGCCCUUAUGCCGUUGAAGAAGUAUUCUCAUGGGAAAUACUCCCACGUAUACCGCUGCGAUACUAAAGCCGAGAUCAUGGAGUAUAUUGAGACAGAGAUGCCGGAGCUGGCCAAGAAGACGUGGGAUCCUUCGGCUCGGAAUUAUCGGUUUACGGUACCCUUGAAGAAAGGCCAGAGAAUACCUAUCAUUGGGGCUAGGGAGUCGACUGGGGCUUUUGUUAGGGCGUUGGUUGAUGAGGCUCCGCAGACGAGAUUGCUUGCUUAUGAUAGUGAGAGUAGUAUAGAGGAGAUUGUGGAAGUGUGGUCGAGGGCUACGGGGCACAAGGCUGACCUAGUCGAAAUGGACCUCGAGGAGAUGCACGAGAAGCUUGGGAUACCUUGGGAGGUCUUGGAUGCUUUUGGGUAUAUUGCGGAGUAUGGAUAUGCGGCUGGUAUUGAAGGGGUCAUCAGUCCUUCGCAACUUAAGAUGCCCGUGCAGACAGACUCAUUUGAGGAGUGGUUGAAGAAGAGGGAUUGGAAAGACGUCGUGUCAGGGGGUGAAGGCGAGUGGGAUGGUGUAGUUGGAGCGCCUAGAGCUUGA